AUGGGCGGAGGAAGAGGAAGAGGAGGAGGAGCAUCAUGCCAGUUAAAGAAAGUUGCCAGGAGAAUUUUUGUACAGACAUGUGGCUCUUUUGGCGACAGACAACAAAUUGAUAACUCCACCAGCACCGCUGCUACAGGGUCUUGUGAUUCGCCUAAUAAUUCUUCUUCCGUAAAGCCGAAGAAGAAUUUUUCUUGCAAUAAAGUUUCUUCAGAAAUUGGGCAAGCUGAUUCAAGCACUUGCCCUUCUUCUAAUAAGAACUUGUGCGCAAUAUGUCUCGAUCCUCUAAAUUACAGCUCCGGCAGCAGUCCAGGCCAGGCAAUAUUUACAGCACAGUGUUCUCACUCAUUCCAUUUUGCAUGCAUCACGUCAAAUGUUAACCAUGGCAGUGUUACUUGCCCAAUUUGCCGUGCACAGUGGACUCAGCUGCCUCGCAACCUAAAUACCCGUUGUUCCCUCCAUUACAACAAGACCGAUCCUAUUCUAAGGAUCCUUGAUGAUUCAAUUGCUAAUUUUCGGGUUCACAGGCAAUCCUUUUUAAGAUCUGCUCGAUAUGAUGACGACGAUCCAAUCGAGCCUGACCACACGACUGAUCAGCCACGUCUCCAUCUCUUUCUAGUUCCAUCACAACAUCAUUUGUCAAGUUCAUCUCUAAUGGCAGAAUCACCACAUGCCUUACAACAUUUUCUCACAACUGGGGGAAAUACCUUUCAAUGCUCCUCAAAUAACAGAGCUUAUGUUUGUGUAAAGUUAGCACAUCAGCCCGCAACUGAUUUGGUCUUAGUUGCGAGCCCGAAUGGGCCACACCUGAGGCUCAUGAAGCAAUCCAUGGCGCUCGUGGUAUCUUCACUUCGCCCCAUGGAUAGGUUGGCCAUCGUUACCUACUCAUCUGCUGCAGCACGCAUUUUCCCCCUCAGGCUCAUGACUUCAUAUGGAAAGCGAACAGCCUUACAAGUCAUUGAUCGGUUAUUUUAUAUGGGACAAGCAGAUCCAAUGGAAGGGCUAAAGAAAGGCGUAAAGAUACUAGAAGAUCGUGUCCACAAGAACCCAGAGUCAUGUAUUCUGCAUUUGUCCGACAAUCCAUGCAGAUCCUAUCAUCGGUUUGACAUGGAAAUUCCGGUUAAAAUCCAUCGAUUUCAUGUAGGAUUUGGAUAUGGCACUUCAAAUGGGUUCAUCAUGCAUGAAUUCGAGGAAUUCCUUGCAAGAACUAUAGGAGGUGCAAUCAGAGACAUCCAGUUGAGGAUUGGGGAAGGCGCUAGGGUUGUCAGGAUCGGAGAACUCAGAGGUGGCGAGGAGAGGAGGAUUCCAUUAUAUUUGGGUGAGUCGGGACAUGUUCGAUUGAAGUUUAGCUAUAUAGACAGUGAAGAUGACGAACAUGUAAGGACGGGUGAAACUGUUGUUGGCAUAAUGGACAAAGGAGAUAGAAAUGAUAGGGCAGAUGCCAUUCCCAUAUGUGGAAGGACUAGCAGUGUUGAGAGCUGGGAUUACCAUGAUCCUUUCAUGGCUAGAAGAUGGGCUAAACAUCUGCAUGGCUAUAGGCUAUAA